GAGAGUGUUAGCGCGGAGAGACAGGGGUUUUCCUUUAUCGUUUCCUGAGAAAACAUUGCGAACAGGGAGUGUCAUUGGCGCGUCACAAACACCAAGUGUGUUUCAUCUCGUCCUGUCUAUUACCCUGUGCUAUUACGCGCCAUUAUCAUUGUUGCCGGUUGCCAGUUUACUGUAUUGAACGAUGGCUGCGCUUCGUCUCGUUCGUCUGGUGAUCGCAAUUUAUUCCAUACAAGUAUUCGCGUCAACUGAAUGCGUCAAAUUAGACUUGGAAAGUGGUGAAAUUGCGCACGGAAAGCCUAUAAGCGCAACGUCGACAUGUGGAGAGUUUGAAACAUAUUGUUAUUCGAGAGGUAAAGGAAUGAGAUAUUGUAUGUAUGACUUCAUGUAUAUGGCGCACAGCGCGCCUAUGACAAAGGUUUAGUUUUCAUGUCUGUAUUACCAUAAAUAUAUUUAUAUAUGUGUCAUGGCUGUUUAUAUCCGUAUUUAUUUUGUGGCCUAUAAUAUUGUCGCGUACAUAGAAACACAAGACAAUAAUUGAUGGAUUGGAUAUGUGGUUUACCAGUCGUAAAAUCAGUUUGUAAUGUGCUGUAUUUGUGGUCUAAUAUGUCUCGAAUUCAUACAUAUUAAGCGCAGUAAUAUUUUAAGUGUAUAUAUAAGGAUUUAUUAUGAUUCAUUACAUGACACAACAAAUAAAGCGUGGGCUUGUUACAUUCGAACUGCAAGCAUUCAUAAACAAAUUUAUUCUGCAAACAUUAGAAUAGCUUGUGGUUUUGAGUAUCGCGAAUACGGAAUAUGUUAUGAAAAUUUCAUAAUAUAUUCACUGAAUCAUGUUAAUAUUGUCAGCCCAAAAGCCGUAAGGGGAAAUGUGGCAACCUUGUUCAAAAUGCGCAAUAAUAUUAGCACGAAGAUGUUUGUAUUUAUGUGAUAAAAUCAACAAAUCAAUGCCACCCUGCGUCCCGACAGAGUCGAGAUCCAUUUGUAGUUUGUCAAUAUAUUCGACGCAAUAUUUUGAUAAAUUGCCAGGAAGCGUUCUACGAAAGUUUCACAUUUCAUUAUUAACAUAAUUUCCGCCUUGGAUUAAAUUUGAAAAUACAUCUGAGAAAUUGACUUUUAGUUCGGCAGAAAAAACUGACAGGAAUUUUUAGCCCCAGGGAGUAACAUGUGUAAAUGAUAAAUCAAAACAAUUUAUUGAACUUGAUAGGUUUGAGAAAUUCACAUUAACACAUUACAUUUACACCAUCUGGUAUAAAUAUAUAUGUACGGUGGAAUUAUCGUCGUAAAAAUAUAAACUUUAAAAUGCCCGCAACCUACUCGCACUUAUUGUCAAAAAGUUGACUUUGCAGUAUUCAAGUAGUUUAUAUGCGGGCAGGCAGUUUGAAAUAUGGUCUCUAAUCCAUCUCUAUUGUUAAAAUAUCCAUACUGCAGAACAUCCACUUUCCAAGGAUCUUUUUUAACCGAAUAGUUAUAACUUGGAAUAAUGUUGGAAAUAUAGCCUCUCCUGAAAAGUUCGCCAGUUAUUUUUAAAAACUUUCUGCAUGUGACAUACACCGCGUUGGUCAACAGUACUUUCAAUGUUGAUAUGGCAUGCACUUGGUCGCUUUCAAGACAAGAGACUGCCUUUUUGUUUUUUGGGGUUUUUUUUGGGGGGGGGAGUCUAUUACUAGUUUAAUAUUAGGUUAGGGGUUACGCCUAGCAUGGGUCUCGUUGUCCCGCGUUUGCGCUAUCCCCAUAGGUCUUAUAACUUGUAAAUAUUUCUACUUUAUUGUGUCCAAUAAAGCUGAUAGACAAGCUGUAUUUUUUUCAUAGAUGAGUUUGAGUUAGACUGGGGUGUGUGUGAUGGUGAUAACAGUAUUGAAUCUGUGACCACGCCUCAUUCCAGCUCACGUUAUUGGCAGUCUGCAGUACUCUCCAAUAGUUCCGCAGAUGAACGUGUCGACAUCACCAUAAACCUCAAACAGGUAUGCUGAUUGUGUUUUGAGCGGGACAUUUCAAGUGUAAAUUUUGAGCAGUUGCGAAAAAUCAACUAUUGGUCCUCUGGCGGGAAUCAAACCUACGACCCUGCGAUUCCGGUGCAUUCUAACCAACUGAGCUACAGAGGCCAGUGGUCGAGCUCUACUCGCAAGUUCAUGUAUGUAAGGUGCCCGUUAGCAAACAAAGGAUUAAACCCGUGGAAUACUUUCUUUCAGAAAUAUCACAUUUACCAAGUGUCAGUGAGCACAGCAUUUACACCCCAGCCUUCAGUGUGGGUCAUUGAAGCAUCAAGGAAUGAAGGGAAACAGUACAAUGCGUUGGUGUACUUGGUCUCUCGUGCUCAGCAAUGCGCCAACGUGUUUGGUUUCAAUGAUAUGGACAUCGGUAAUAACUUGUGCAUUGUGCAAGAGCGUGUGAAAAAUGGGUCCAGUGAAAAGGUGAGGGGAUCAAAUCUUCUGUCGACUCUUCGUUUGGCUGCAUGGUUGGUGUGGCGUUUGGUCUGGCCGUCUGUCAAUCAGAUCCAGUAUUUUCGUUUUAAGAAAACAAUAUAUGUUCUUCUGUUUGUUUAUGAAGGUUGUGGUAUCGUUUGAUGGUAGCAAUGUCAUUGCUGACCACUUGCGAUUGAGAUUUAUUCAGAUGUGGGAGCCAAAGAAUCUUCAGAGUUUAGAAGAACUUUCAGUAAGUGCACCUCUCUCGUUCUAUAAUGUCCCGGCUACGUCUUUAAUACUUUUUCAAUUCAAUUAUCAACCAUUGGACUUCUCCACUUAAAAGGAUUGUUGAGAAAAAAAUGUAUUUCUUACUUUCAAUAUAGAGAUUUUACACAUUGAAAGAAAUUUCAGUACGAGGUAACUUAUAUUUUCCUUUACUCGUGCACUUUAAUACGUUCUUCAGAUAAGCAAAACAAACCCAGAUUGAACAACAUUAAGAUCAACGAUUAAAAUUUUCUCAAGCUAAAGUCAGCGAGGUUUUAUAAUAUGUAAGUUCGGUUGUUCAACCCAACCAUGGUGUGAAAUUCGCACGCCUUAAUUGCGCACAAAAAUGAGUCUGUAACAUAAUUUUAGGAAUAAGAAACAAUUCUUUGCAUUUUAGGAAACCAAAUUAGUGACAGCGCUUCCGUACGAACGAAAAGACAAGGUAAACUUCUAGAUUAAUCUUUAUUUUCAGGAAUUAACCCAUUGAGUGCUAGCGCUCUCCCCUUGACGAGUAAAUUGCCUGGCGUUAGACAGAGUAAAAUAAUACGACGUAGUACAACUCAAUGAGUUAACCUUAGUCUACAUUUACACUUGUACCGGACAUCUUUCCGUAGCGACAUGAAAGAACAUCUAUCCGUACCUUUUAUGAGCGCUAUUUUCAGAGGAAUUAUUGCAACGGAGAGAUGUUGUUUCGCUCAGCUUCUGAAAGUUGUACAUUCCGUAUGGGAUAGGUGCUUUUUCGCGCCGCUACGGAAAGCUAUAAGCAAACAGUCGGUUGUAAAUGACAUGAGUUCUGAAUGUUUGUCCCGUUUUCUGUAGCGUGUUACUGUUCUGAGUAUGGAACUGCUGGCUUUAUCUGCAAUGUUCCCAAUCGAAGCUGUCCAUGCAAGAGAGAGUACGUUGGCAAGAGGUGUAAUAAAUGCUUUCGUGGUCGUUUUAACUACCCAAUUUGUGCACGUAUGUAGUCUCGUUAUUUUUAUAUUUUUUUUAACCGUUUUGGUGUGUGGUGCAGUAUGGUAAGAUGUGGUAUCUAAUGGUAUGAUAAAGUAUGGUGUGUUCUGGUAUGUCAUGUGUGGUAUUGUAUGGUGUGGUAUGGUGUGAUUAGGUUAGGUUAGGUUAUUGUAUGUUAUGGUUUAGCUAUGUAAAAUAGGUGAUGGUAUGAUGGUAGGUAUGGUAUGGUAUGGUAUCAUUGGUGUGGUAUGAUAAGGUAUGGUAUAAGAUAUAAGAUAUGGUAUGGUAUAUGGUAUAUAUGGUAUGGUAUAUGGUAUGGUAUAUGGUAUGGUAUGGUAUAUGGUAUGGUAUGGUAUAUGGUAUGGUAUAUGGUAUGGUAUAUGGUAUGGUAUAUGAUAUGGUAUAUGAUAUGGUAUAUGAUAUGGUAUGGUAUAUGGUAUGGUAUAUGGUAUGGUAUAUGGUAUGGUAUAUGGUAUGGUAUAUGGUAUGGUAUAUGGUAUGGUAUAUGGUAUAGGGUAUAUGGUAUGGUAUAUGGUAUGGUAUAUGGUAUGGUAUAUGGUAUGGUAUGUUGUAUAUGGUAUAUGGUAUGUGUUUGUGGUAUGUGGUAUGUGGUAUAUGGUAUGUGGUAUGUGGUAUAUGGUAUGGUAUGGUAAGCUAUCAUUAUGAGAUCAAUAAGACUAAAUUACAUCAUGUUUAUUUUUUCUAGCAUGUGACUGUUCCAGACAAGGUUCAAUCCCUACUUCAAACUGCAAACGUAAGGGUGGACAAUGUCGUUGUAGACCAUACAUCACUGGACGAAAAUGUGACAAGUGUCGAAAAGGAUAUUAUGGUUUCCCUUCCUGUAAAUGUAAGUGAACACGACACUGGUUUGCCAGUGCUGAUUUUCGCCUGUCUCAAGUUGAAACGUUUCUUUCGUCUUCCAGGGUGUGGCUGUCACAUGAAACACACGACUUCUGAAGGAUGUGAUAUUCAUGGGAAAUGCUUAUGUAAAGCAAACUACGAUGGGACGACAUGUGGCAAGUGCAAGCUGGGAUACGCCGAUUUCCCCACAUGCAGAAAAUUAGGUAAAAACAGUUGAACCUGGUUUACACUAUCAAAGUUUCUGUGAUCACACUAUCAAAGUUUAGAAAAAUUUGCAAGAAAAGUUUGAGAGAACUGACUCACUGUUUAAUACUCAUUUCUCUCAAACAUUUUUUACAAAUCCUUCAAAACUUAGAAUUUACCUAUGCAAGAUUCCUACUGUAAUCACAGAAACUUUGAUAGUGUUGCAGACCAGCCUUUAGUAAAUUAUUAAUAAGAGCUUCAAUUUCGACUUUGUAGGUGGGUUUUCCUAAGUAGCUGUCGGUGGUUAACCGGCUGUUAUCAGCAGAUAUCAGUCAGAAAAUAUUUUUAUUAUUUGUUGUUAUGUUGUAUUUGGUGGGAAAUAAACAUCAUAAAUACAGUUUGAUUUGCUCGCACGAAACAACAGGGUGCUUCCCAAUAGGUCCCAGUGUCAAGUGUCGAAAUUUCUGAAGUCGAACACCAUCUCCUAACCCGUAACGCUUGCAGAAACGGAUUUAUACGAAGUUACCCAUCAUGAUACAUUUCAAAUUUCGUGUUUUAGCGUGUACAUGCCCUUCCGCUGGUUCCCAGCGCAUCGAGUGUAACGCCUCUGGCCAAUGUGAUUGCAAGGAAGGUUAUACAGGCUCAAAAUGUGAUCGUUGCAAGAGCGGUUACUAUGGUUACCCAGACUGCAAAGGUUAGUGAUGUUUGACGUUUUUAUAUACAGUAUAUACUUCGGUUAUAGGUCAUAUUUCGGAUUCGACAUCAUCAAUUUUUCAUCUCGCUACCAAGGAGCUUUGGCAAAAAUGGAGCCCAGAAUUGAGAUUUUCAUGCUCAAAUAAGUCUAUACCCAAAAUUUCACGUUGUUUCGACAGUUAAGUUAUGAGUUACUGGAAGAAUCAGCACUUGUGAUAUCGUGACCACCACGAUUGCCUUUCAGGGAGACCUCCGGGUUCAAUCCUUGGUCGGACCUCUACUCAAGGUCUUAAAAUUAUUGAGAAGAAAGACCUACCUUUACAUUAACAUCAGUAAAUGGUUACACUUUCGCGUCUUCUCGGAUAAGGACGUUGAAAUCGUAGGUACCUCCGAUCCCCUAUCACUUAGCGAUAACCUGUUGGAAAUCCGCUUACCAAUGAGUGAGAAAAAGUCAAUAAACAACUUUAGGAAGCACACUGCAUAGUUAAUCGAACCAUUUUAUUUUUCUAGAAUGUGCGUGUCAUUACAAAGGCUCAAUCGUUCCUCAAUGCGACUUCAUCUCUGGCAACUGCAUCUGCUACUCUUACGUUGCUGGUCGACAAUGUGAUCGUUGCCAGCCGGGAUACUUCGGAUUUCCCCGUUGUCGGCAGUGCGUGUGUAACCCACAUGGUACACCAAGAAAUGCCAGACAAGGAAACAGUACAUGCGCCAGUGGGAACGACAAGGUAUGACUUUCUACAGGGUGUGUGAAGAAAACUGCACAGUUCGAAAAUGUCCGCUAAACUACAAAGUUUGUGAAAGUUUUAUGCAAACAUGGGUGGUUUGGGGUCUGUUAGUAUCUUUACCACUAAAAUUAUUUUGAAAAGUAAAUUUUCGAGUGCUGGAGGGUUGUUUUUGAAAAACACUUUAAAAAUGGCGUGCGCACAAAAAUUGGAAGACUUGAAACGCAAUUUGAAUUUAUAGGGUGCAAAUUUAGAAGGUGUUUUAUGAACUAUGAAAGUACCAGACAAUUUGAUGUAAUUAUUCUUCUAAAACUUUCACCUCUGGUUAUCAUUAAUUAUAUAAUUCAAAUAUAGUAAACCUCUUGAAAAAUCCUGUUUGAAAGUGAAUUGAAUUAUAUAAUUAAUUUGAUGUACAUUAAGACUUUUUUUUUGUUUUACCGUAGUAGACUUCACGCACGAGUUUACAACUUUCUGUAAAGAAAUCAAUCAUGCAUAAAACAGUCAUACGUUGUUAAUAAAUUGUACUGUCGAGCAGCAUGAGCCUGUGGGUGAAUUGGUGAAUACUACAAUCUGUGUAAACGACGUUGAAUAUUUUUUCUCUAGUUCCAAUGCCGAUGUAAAACGAAUGUGGGAGGUGAGACGUGCGACAGAUGUAAAGAUUUGUACUACAACUUUUCACCAGGAGAUCCUCGUGGCUGUAGAUCAUGUGGUUGUUUCAAGGGUGCUACGAUUGGUGCGUUGGAGUCAUGUGAUAAGAGAUCUGGCCAGUGUUCAUGUAAACCAUUCAUGGAAGGAAAAACAUGCUAUGAAUGCAAGAGAGGAUAUCAUUCUAUCACGUCUUCUGAUAUCUUUGGAUGUCAAGGUAAGAUAUCAAAUUCCAUUCUCCAUGAAUUUUUCUUCACCUCUGACUGAUGGAGUUAACUAUAGAUUGAGUUAGUUUAGUUUUGAGGUUUCCCCUGUAAUAACAAUGGACCAGUGAGGCAUGAGCCUUAUAUAUUGGACGUCAAUGUAGAACAGUGUAGUAUCAUUAUAGACAAUAAUAUUAACUGAUAAAAUAUUGAAUUUUGUAUUUUCAGCGUGCAAAUGCAAUCCAGGCGGUGCUUUGUAUGGAAACUGUGACAAACGAAAUGGAAAAUGUCAGUGCCGCACAAAUAUCGCAGGAACACGUUGUGACAGGUUCGACAUGAAUUGUUCGGCAGCAGUGUUUAAUUAAUUAAUUAACUAACUUAAUGGUUAAUUAAUUCAUUAUUGAUUAAUUAGUUGAGUAAUUAAUCAUAAUUAGUCAGUUAGUUAAUUAGUUAAUUAGUUAAUCAAUUAGUUAAUUAGUUCAUUAAGUUAGUUAAUUAAUUAACUAACUUAGUGGUUAAUUCAUUAGUUAAGUUAUUAAUUAAUCUUUAAUCAUAAUUAAUUUUAAUCAUAAUUAAUCCAGAUUGAAGAGGUAAGAGUAUUAAUUAAUUAAUUAAUUAGAACCAUUAAUAUUUCGAGCGAGAGCAGGCCAGAAACGAAGUGUGUGUGUAAGGUGGAAUUACUAAACCUCAAAACAACAAACUAUUACUAUGAAUUCUCUUUUUUUCCACAGAUUAUCCAGAGGCUCUGUGUAUUAUCCGUCACUACAUCAUAUUUCAGUUGAAGUGGAAGAUGGCAAAACCGCAGAUAGAAAACCAGUCAAAUACGGUUUUGAUGUAAAUAUGUUCCCUUCUUAUUCCUGGAAAGGUUAUGUCAACUUCUUGCCGGAACAGGUACAGUAAUUCGUGAAGAUAUUCUUUCUAGAGCAAAGACCAUUCGUAAUACAACAGGAAGAAUCCUGAACUAACUUUAUUUAGACGAGUUUAUAAGUUUAAACCGAACAGUUUAAACUGAUGAUCUCGUCUAAAUAAAGUUAGUUAUUUCCGUAGAGAUAAGGGCCAUCAGUCCAGUGUUACUAGAGGAGGAAACCGAAAUAUCCAGAGAAAAUCUAUGGUGUUUGGUAGAUUCAACCUGGAAGUACUCUUCUCAAUGCGACGAAAUGUUGGGCGAAAUUGUAAUGAGACAACGGCAUAUUGAAGAAAUAGAACCUCAUUCAUAGAGCUGACAGGCACAGACAUUAACCACUUUGUCGCCAACACCACCACAGAAGUUUGCUCAGUGAAGAAUAGUGCUAAGCUUCAUAUUUCUCAUUUUCAGUCAACAGUUGUCUUAUCAAUCAAGAUCCCACGACGCAGUCUGUAUCGUAUUCUUUUCCGUUGUAUAUUUGAACCUGUUGGCUAUCCAACAACAACCGAUGUCAGUUUCACGCUUAGCCCGACACAAGGUUGGUUACUCUAGUAGUUUUUUUCAUAAGCGUACGAGGCGGGGGGGGGGGGCCCUCAGAAAAAUUGCAGUUGGGCAAAAAAAUGAGGAAAAUAAAUUUAAAAGGAAGAAGUAAUAGAAAGAAAUAUGUUUGGUUUUGAAAAAUUGUAACGCCUGCAAAAAUUUUAAAAUUUUUCAAACAAAAGCAUUCAACUUGAAAGAGUUGUUUAUUUUUUCUUCAAGGUGUUCCAGGUUACACGAGAAUUGUCUCCAUGACAUUAUCGUCAACACGAAAUCAGAACAGAGAACGAAGUUCCUUGCUGGCAGUAUCACAAAAUAACGUUGUUCAGGCGUUUUUAAUGUUCGAAGGAGUCUGGACGGUGACCAUUGACUGCGAGAGCAAAUAUAUGUUAAUGGUAAGUGGUUGUUGAAGUUGUUUCAAUGAUAGUAGUUACUAGUUACACUGAACCUCCAUGUCAGAUAGUUCAGACACAAACUACGACAGCUUAUUGCAGAAUGUGUGAGGUAUCUUUUUCAGAUAGUUCAGAUACAAACCACGGUAGCUUAUUGUAGAAUUACUGGACACAAACCACGGCAGUUUAAACUUUCAUUCCCUUCUCUCACGCAGGACUACUUCGUUUUCCUGCCGGAGGAAUACUACACGGGUCGAAUUCUGAAAACAGAACGAGUUGAUCCGUGUGUGGUUGAUGGUCCCAGGGAUGAGAUCUGUGAUCGAUAUAGUUAUCCCGAGGUCUCUGACGAACACGCGGUGAAACACGAAGCCGAGCAUGGAUACUUCGCGAGAGAGGCCUGGGGCACGGAGGAUAAACUCGUUUUGAAGUAUUACAGCAAUAAUACAGUGUUGCAGCAAUUGACGGGCAACCAGUUAGUGUUAAUGAGUAGUGAACAGGUAAUUUAUUAGCAUUAAACUAACUUUAUUUAUAUUAGAAAGAUCUGUGACUUCUAAAUUGUUCUUCCAGAGGCUCCAUUUCAGCUAUCAUUUAUUGAGAUGGUUUUAGAAAGGAAAUCUAAACUAACUUUAUUGAUACUGGAUGGCACUAUCAGUUCUAAACUGUUGUUCCUAGUGGUCCAGGAAGGGUCUUACCUAAUUGCUCAAUGAAAUCGUGGGUUCUCGCUGUGAACUCAUGAUUCUUAUGUGAAAAGAGUCGGUCGACGACACUCUGCCGAAAGUGGUGGGUUUUCUCCGGGUGCUCCGGUUUCCGCCCAUGAGGAAUGUUGACAGGGUGGGUUGGGACUUGGGAUUAGCCCCUAACUGACCCUUCCACCCCACCGUAGCUGUGCUCCGUGAACAGACAUGAGUUAUAAGGUGGCUGCCAGAGGCGCCCUUAGAAAACCUUCGACUGGAUCAGGUUUGAGCUGCGUCCUUCAUAAUUCAGCUUAGCUCUCAGCUGCAAGUAAGGUGAUUAGCAUACCCACUUUCUUAAGGCUUACUUAAUUAAGGCUUGUUUACAUUAACAAUGUUUCUGUGAUUACAGUAGGAAUUUUGCAUCCGUAAAUUUGGAGAAUUUGUAAGAUAUAUUUGAGGAAACUCACUUAGUUUUUAACACUGAGUCAGUUCCCUCAAAGACUUCUUACAAAUCCUUCAAAACUUAGAUUUUACCGAUGCAAAAUUUCUACUGUGAUCACAGAAACUCGGAUAGUGUGGAACCGGGCUUUAACUUACUUUAAUCUUGGCUCUCUUGUAAACUGUCCCACCUAGAAUCGUUUUGCAGUGGACAUGAACAUACCUAAGUCUGGCUUCUACGUCUUUGUCGUACAUUACAUCAGUCAUGGAGAGAACUUGCACAAGAUAGAUUUGUACGUGUAUCGUGAACAUAGCUCCGUACAUGUAGUUCCAUGUAAGUAUCAGUUUGGAUGUCGGCAAGUCGCUAUGAAGCCGGAUGUCAAGGCGGUCAAAGUUUUCGAUGUCGACAAAGGACAGACCCCGUUGAAUUUGUUCACUUCAAGAGAAGCACAUAUCGCUAUAGUAAGUUCAGUUUGAAUGUUCUUGAUUAAAUACGUAAUGGAUCUAUACUACAUAUUAUGUAAAAACGUCAAGUUGUAACAAACCUGCACUGGACUUGUAGCAAUGCUGUUCCAACAACUUGUGAACAGGAUGUGUGCGCACUGCUUGUUCUCAGCUUGUUGACAAGUUGUCAAUGGCUUGUUGACAACUUGCUACAAGUUUGUUGAGCUCAACAGACUUGUUGCAAGUUGUUACAACAACUUGUUAUCGUCCUGCAAUUCAACAAUUUUUCAACAAGUUGUGAGUGACGACCUUUUAGCAACUUGAUAAAAUAACAACAUUGUCACAACUUAUUGACGAACUUGCCACAAGCUUUUUGCGAACACAUCUUGUUGACAAGUUGUGAGAUUUUUGCGUGUGUACACCAGAUAGCAAAUUGAUAUAUUUUAUUACUAUUUUUCUUAAUAUUUUUAUCUAGGAUUACAUAACCGCCAUUCCGUACGACUUGUGGCAUGCAGACUACAUCACUCCAGCAUUAGUUUGCAGAUCAUUGCAAGAUAGAUGUAUCUCGUCAAACUACGAAGAACCCACAAAGUCUACACAACAUCGGCCAAUAUCGCGAUCUGUCGUCAACCCUGUGGGCUCGUUCUCAACAAGGAGCGCAGAAAAGGUUAGUCUUCCAAACAAGGAUACUAUGCUGAAGACGACUCAUAAUCUGAUGUGAAUUAGACUAACUUUGUUUAUACUGGAUGGAUUUAUCAUUUCCAAACUAUUCGCCCUAGAGACCCCGUAAGAGUCCUUCCGGAACUAACUUUAUUCAUGCUGGAUUGCUCUUUCAGUUUUAAACUUUUCUUUUGUGUUUAUUUUUCACAGGAUACGUUAGUAAAGUUCCGGCAAUUCUUCAACAAAAAAACGGAUAAUUUUGUCAUCAUUAUCCAAUACCAACAGACGAGGAACAUCGUUGUCCGCGGGCAAGUUUCUAUCACCACCUACGGAACAACUCUACGAGGCGUGGCCGAGUUCAAAUACUGUCCAAACACAGAAUUCUGUCGAAUUGCGGUGAAACCUACUGACACAGGGGAUUACUUCAGAAUCAGACAGGGAACAACUCGUGUUGAAGUACGCUUUCCGGUAAAACUGGAUGUACAAGUAGUAAGUAUAUCACUUUCACUGCAGCGGAAAUUCCAGUCGAAUGUCAAAAAGGCCCCAGGAAAAUUAUCACAUUGUUCUAAAUUCUCAGAAAAAGUUCCCAAUUGCUACAUAUAUUUCUCUACAUCAACGUAUGGUAACAGAAGUUUAUAGUAUCUUUAUACCAAAUAAUUAAUAUGUUUCUCCAUAUUUCAGUCCUGGAUCUACCGGAUUCCUAGCACCAGCUAUUCCGAUAACGUUCUUUCAUUCACUUCAAUCGACAACUCAAGAGCUUGGGUUGAACAAUGUAGUCUGAACAACUAUGUUAUUGAUCCGAACGAUCCCAACUACUGCAGGAACACCAGUUUUGCUUUGGUGACGAAUUUCAACAAUGGAGCAUUGUCUUGUCGGUGUAGUUAUCUGGGUUCUCGAAGUCGAUAUUGUAAUUCAGUCCAUGGACAAUGUACUUGUCGGAGACCUAAUAUUAUUGGUCGUCAGUGUCUGCAGUGUCGCUCUGGGUAUUAUGCUUUCCCUGUCUGUCGACGUACGUAUGUUAUGUUCAUUGUUGUUGGUAUGGUAUGGUAUGGUAUGGUAUGGUAUGGUAUGGUGUGGUAUGGUAUGGUACGGUACGGUGAGGUGUGUUGUGGUGUGGUGUGGUAUGGUAUGGUAUGGUAUGGUGUGGUAUGGUAUGGUAUGGUAUGGUAUGGUGUGGUAUGUUAUGAUGUGGUAUGGUAGGUAUGGUGUGGUGUGGUGUUGUAUGGUAUGGUAUGGUAUGGUGUGGUAUGUUAUGGUGUGGUAUGUUAUGAUGUGGUAUGGUAGGUAUGGUGUGGUGUGGUGUUGUAUGGUAUGGUAUGGUAUGGUGUGGUAUGUUAUGGUGUGGUAUGUUAUGAUGUGGUAUGGUAGGUAUGGUGUGGUGUGGUGUUGUAUGGUAUGGUAUGGUAUGGUGUGGUAUGUUAUGGUGUGGUAUGUUAUGAUGUGGUAUGGUAGGUAUGGUGUGGUGUGGUGUUGUAUGGUAUGGUAUGGUAUGGUGUGGUAUGUUAUGGUGUGGUAUGUUAUGAUGUGGUAUGGUAGGUAUGGUGUGGUGUGGUGUUGUAUGGUAUGGUAUGGUAUGGUGUGGUAUGUUAUGGUGUGGUAUGUUAUGAUGUGGUAUGGUAGGUAUGGUGUGGUGUGGUGUUGUAUGGUAUGGUAUGGUAUGGUGUGGUAUGUUAUGGUGUGGUAUGUUAUGAUGUGGUAUGGUAGGUAUGGUGUGGUGUGGUGUUGUAUGGUAUGGUAUGUUAUGAUGUGGUAUGGUAGGUAUGGUGUGGUGUUGUAUGGUAUGGUAUGGUAUGGUAUGGUAUGGUAUGGUGUGGUGUGGUAUGUUAUGAUGUGGUAUGGUAGGUAUGGUGUGGUGUUGUAUGGUAUGGUAUGGUAUGUUAUGGUGUGGUAUGUUAUGAUGUGGUAUGGUAGGUAUGGUGUGGUGUGGUGUUGUAUGGUAUGGUAUGUUAUGAUGUGGUAUGGUAGGUAUGGUGUGGUGUGGUGUUGUAUGGUAUGGUAUGGUAUGGUAUGGUGUGGUAUGUUAUGAUGUGGUAUGGUAGGUAUGGUGUGGUGUUGUAUGGUAUGGUAUGGUAUGGUGUGGUAUGUUAUGGUGUGGUAUGUUAUGAUGUGGUAUGGUAGGUAUGGUGUGGUAUGGUGUGGUAUGGUGUGGUGUAUAUGGUAUGGUUUGGUAUGGUAUGGUAUGGUAUGGUAUGGUAUGGUAUGGUAUGCAUGGUAUGGUAUGGUAUGGUAUGGCAUGGUAUAGUAUGGUAUGGCGUGGUAUCGUGUGGUAUGGUAAUAAAUACUAGUACUAACAUGUUGGUGUAUUUCUAGGAUGUGACUGUGACCCUAGAGGAGUAGAAAGCGGGAACUGUGAUCGUCGUGGUCGAUGUAAAUGCAAACCAAAUUUUUCUGGCAUCAAGUGUAAUCGCUGCAAACCUGGAAACUAUCUGUUCCCCACGUGUAAAGGUACAUGUGUGUGUAGAGGCAAAAUGGAUAGAACUAUCCAGUAUAAAUAAAGUUAGUUUAAUUUAGGUUUCCUCCUGUAGUAACACGGGAUCAAUAAUGCAGGGAUGAUCCUUACUGGACCUCUAGGAAGAACAGUUUAGAACAGAUGGAGCUAUCCAGUAUAAAUAAAGUUAGUUUAAUUUAGGUUUCCUCCUGUAGUAACACGGGAUCAAUAAUGGAUGAUCCUUACUGGACCUCUAGGGAGAACAGUUUAGAACUGAUAGAGCGAUAUAAAUAAAGUAAGUUUAGUUUAGGUUUCCUCCUGUGAUAACACUGGAUCAAUGAGAGAUGACUCUUACUGGACCUCUAGGGAGAACAGCUUAGAACUGAUAAAGCUAUUCAGUGUACAUAAGAGUAUUUGUCAUAAUUCUAUUUCUUAUUUUAAAUUUUCAGCAUGUAACUGUGACAACCAUGGUUCACUCAGUACGUUCUGCAGUUCAUUGACAGGACAGUGCCAAUGUAGAAGAGGUUUUGAUGGGAAAAGAUGCAACGGAUGUCGAGUCGGAUUCUUCGGAUUUCCAGACUGUAAGGAGUGUAACUGUGACGUUUCUGGGAUCAAACCUAUUGCAGGAUUAUUGUCUGGUUGUAACUCUACUCUUGCGGUAAGGCGAAGUAAAGUUAUAUUAAUACAAUUAGGAUUUAAGCACGAUAGAACCAAGCUUGAAUGAGAUGUAAUAUUUUAAUGUAACUGUCAGCUCUUGUGUUGUGACCAGCACUUGUGGUGGCGUGAUCACCCCGCUAGCUUGCCUUUCAAGCUGGGAGACCCUAGCCUGCGAAAGGCUCUCAAGCUGAAUUGAGAGCCUGCAUCGAUGACUAAUGAAUUUGAAUAUCUGCGUCUCAAAUCGUGACGCGAAAUUCUCAUUGGUCAGAUGCUAUAAUUUAUAUGUUUCCGCUGAGCUCUAUAUAUGUCAACUGCUGAAGCACUAUGCAUAAGAAACACAUUAACUGAUCAAAUUGGUCUUGGCCGUCUUAUCUCAAAGCACGAAAUGUUCUGUUUUGAGAAAACAGUAUUUAAAACAUUUGAACUUUUGCUUGAAUAUCUUAUAUUUCGAAAAACAGUAUAAACUGUACGGUCUAAAUUUAGUUAGCACGGUCUAAAUUUAGUUUGCACGAAAGUUGUAAACAACACCAUAUAAGGAUAGACAUUCCAUAUUUGGAAAAACGAACGUUACGGGGCAGAUAUUCAAAUUCAUUAGUCAUCGAUGCAGGCCCUCAAUUCAGCUUGAGAGCCUGUUCGCAGGCUAGGGAGACCCGGGUUCAAUCCUUGGUCGGACCUCUACUCAAGGUCUUAAAAUAAUUGAGAGAAAGAGCAACCUUUACAUUGACAUCAGUAAAUGGUUAGACUUUCGGGCAAGGACGUUAAAAUCGUAGGUACAGUACCUCGGAUCCCCUAUCAAUUGGGUAAUGACCAGGGGCCGAUUGUAUAAAAAAGUGAUUAAAGUUAACUAUAGUUAGUGGAAACGUCAUCCAAUAAGAAGCACGUAUUUGAGAGUUAAUCACUAUUUAACUACAAAAUAGUGAUUAAAAAAGUAAUUAAGAGUUUUAUACAACCAGCCCAGUUGGGAAAUCCGCUCACCAACGAGUGAGAAAUUCAAUAAACAAGACAAUAAACAAGCCAACAAUUCCUGUUUCAGGUUGAAUGUAAAUGCAAAGACAACGUCGGUGGCAAAUUCUGUGACACAUGUACAGAUUUCCACUAUAAUCUUCAGUUCGACAAUCCUCAAGGUUGUCAGAGAUGCACGUGCAGCAAACUGGGCACUAACAGUCAGUUGAAGAACUGUGAUAAAGUCUCUGGUCAAUGUUCCUGUAAAUCACGUGUCAAUGGACACGCUUGUUCAAGCUGUAAAGAUGGCUCAACUGACUUGAGAGAUUACAGUAUAUUUGGUUGUAAAGGUGAGACUUAUAUGUAUAGAAGGGUAUUGUAGAUGGUAUUUCGAGUUGUGAAUUUUUAUACAUUUUUUACGUCUAACCAGGAGCAGUGGCGAAAAAUGCAACUGUACGGUCCUGUGAUUCCGGAAACUGUUCAUCAGUAAAAGUGAUAUCGUGAUAUUUGUAUUUGAUCGUUGCAGGAUGCGAGUGUAAUUACGGUGGAUCACUCGACAACACAUGUGAGAAGGGAAACGGCGAUUGUUCAUGUAAACGAAACGUGGGAGGAACGAAAUGUACCAGGUAUGAAGGAAAUUUAGCGUAAGAAAAAGUUAUAUUUUGUACGAGUUUCCUGUUCAGUCCUAUGGUUACUACUAAAAGGACAAUAAAACUAACUUUAUAAUGAUAUAUUUAUCAGAUAAACUUAUACUUUCAUUUUAUUUGUCAGCGUGAAAUCAGAUGGUUUUUAUGUGAAAAAUUUGCACCACAUUCAUGCUGAGUUCGAGGAUGGCACAACAAGAGAUAAACGGCCACUCACCAUGCGUCAUAAUGAAACUGAGUUUUCUGGAUUCUCUGGUCAUGGAUAUGUUCCAUCAUUAGCCGAACAGGUAUAGAGUACCUGUGUUGUUUUGGGUACAUCUUCUUUCAGAAAAGCGCAAAGGGAACACGCGGUGUUUGUCGUAUUUAGUCAGAAAUGUACAUACUGCAAAUAAUUUUCUUGUUUCGAAAAGUUUCUUUUCAUAUCUUUUUAGAGUUCAUUCGAUAUAAUUGUUGGAAUUCCACGGCCGGCAAAAUACCGUCUCCUAAUUCGUUAUAUGUUAGACUCGUUUCGUCCCACAUAUGGACAAAUUACUAUAUCACCAACAGGACAAGUCGGUAAGUACUAAUGGGUGAUUCCGGUUAUCGACGAAAUUUUGAUCUAAACAAGAACGAAAUCCAACACCACACCACACCUAGAAAGAGCAUCUUAAAAUGAGUAAAAUUGCAAAGUUUGGUUGCGAAAUGUUGUAAAAUGAAGAAAAUAUAGCCUUGUGAAGUUCGCAAAUUUUGUAUAUAUUUGCAUUACGCGCGGGAAAAAUAACCAUUUUUGAGCGGAAAGUGGUUAUUUUUACCGCGCGUAAUAUAAAUAUAUAUAAAAUUUGUGAACUUCACAGGGCUAUAUUUUCCUCAUUUUAUAAUAUUUCGCAGCCAAACUUUGCAAUUGUACUAAUUUUGAGACGCUUUGUCUAGGUGUGGUGUUGGAUUGCGUCCUUCUUGUCUAGAUCAAAAUGGCAAAAUGUCGUCCAUAGCGAAAUGUUGUAAAUGCGGAAAAUAUAAAGCCUUGCUGCAAAGUUUGCAAAUUCUGUAUACUUUUAGUAUUGCGUGCGGAAAUUGCUACCAUUUUCGGCCCAAAUGUGACAAGCAAUUUCCGCACGCAAUACAAAAGUAUACAAAAUUUGCGAACUUCGCAAGGCUAUAUUCUCCGCAUUUUCAACAUUUUUCAACCAAACUUUGCAAUUUUACUCAUUUUAGUAUGCUCUUUCCGGGAAUAUACUUUUUUUGCCAAGAUAAAAAAUUAGUCUUAGUAUAUAGAAACUGACCAAUUGAUCCGAUUUCUAGAUCCGUUACCUCAUGGUUACAAUGAUGUUCUUGUCGUUUCCCUUGAAUUCAAACCAACGUCAACAGAAACGAGAACCUAUGCUGAAUUUUUAACUGUGAAAGAGAGUGGCAAGGAGGCGGAGUUCUUCUUGAGUCGAGGAAAGUGGAGAAUAUCCUUGUUUGCUGCACCAUCCAAUUUAUUGCUGGUAUGUGCUGUGUUUGUCUAAUUUUUAGCUGUUUUUGGUCAAUUUUUCAAAAGCGGCUAAAACUGAGGAGACACAAUCUGUUUUCUCACUACCUUUUCAAACUUGAAUCUAUCUUUGACGUCAAUAGAAUGCGCGCUUGCAAGACUUAUUGUUCCAAGUGUCGUUCCCAUAACCAAACUUGUUGCUCUUAAAUGUUAAAUUUCAUGUUCAAUGUUAUAAUAACUAUUGUUGUCUUUCUUGGGUUGGUCUUUUAAAAUAUGGGAUUCUUGUCCUGUGGAUUAUAACUUCAAGUUAUUUUUCUUUCAUUUACGUGUAUACUCUUAAAUUUAAUAUAUAUCUGUUCAUGUGUAAAAGGUUGUGAAGUUAAUAAAUAAAUAAAUAAGUGAGAUCCCGAAAAUAUCCACUUCUUAAGGCCAAUUUCCACUCAAGAACCAUUUUCCACGGACAGAACAUUUUCCGAAAAUAUCAUUGUUGAAAUGUUUUUCAACGGAAAAUUUUCCUGAGUGCAAAUGGGCCUUUAGUGGUUUGACUGUAUUUCGUCACUCUUAUUUUUCGUGCUCGCAUGUUCAGGACUAUGUGGUGAUGAUACCAGAGGAAUACUACAAGGCAACACAUCUACGUCAACGUGUUGAACAGCCGUGUUUAGUCGAUUCAGUAUCUGAAUACUGUGUUGAUUAUAAGUAUCUAACAGUCGCUGCACCUGACGCUGUCAACGUGCCUACAACGCUGGGUAAUUUGGUCGGUGCUCGAACCUUACUGCCUUAUGCGCCAUUUAAAGGUUUUUCAGUUCUUAAUCGAUUGGUAAGGUUUUAUACUAUAUUUUAAUAGUUCUCGAAAAACAUAACUUACUUUACUGGGUAACUCUAACUGUUUUCCGUGGAGAUGCAGUUGGGAAUGGUUCUUAUUGGCCCAGUGUUGUUACUACAGGAUUAAGGAACUUAAAAUAAAAUUGAUAUCUCUAUCAGUUCUGAACUGUUCUCCCCAAAAUGCCAACAAGGGCAUACCAUACUAUUUCAGUUUUCUAAUUUCCACUUUGGUCAAGGGGCAAUAUAUCGAUGUAUACAAGUCCGAUAAACACUUGAUAAAAUUCCAAAACUAAGCAAAUAUUACACAUAUAUUUUAUUUUAGAGUCAGCUGUAUUUGCCUCUGCCAAUUACAAAGUUUGCUUCGUAUGUUUUGAUGGUGACAUAUUACCAAGAAGCGAAGACUGUGAGCGACUUAAUUGUUAGUGUAACGUCAGGGUUUAAUGUUCAAACUGCAAGAAUACGUACGUUUUACUGCAAGUAAGUGGAAUUAAGGGUUUACACCACUCUAUUUCUAUUUCUAUUGGCUAUGUUUGCCCUAUCAAAGUUCCUGUGAUCAUAGUAGGAAUUUUGCACAGCUAAGGUAAUUUGAAGGAUUUGUAAGAAAUUUUGAGGCAACUUACUCAGUGUUAAACAGUCAGUUUCCUCAAACAUUUCUUACAAAUCCUUCAAAACUUAGAAUUUUCCCAUGCAAAAUUCCUACUGUGAUCACAGAAGCUUUUAUAGGGUAAACCAGGCUUUAGUCACCUUCCCAGUUUCCACAGUGCACCUCGAUCAUCAUGGCAUGAAAGUCAACGAAAAUUUUCUAUUCUCGUAGAUAUACAUUCGGAUGUCGUCAGGUGGCCAUUGAUGAUCAAUACAAAGUGAUUUCAUUUGAUCUUUUCGCCAACACAAGAAACUUACUGAGUAUUGGUGCGGAAACAACUGUAGCUGUGG